UUGAGCUGUGGACACGGGCAGUAAAAUCCAUAUUUUCUGAAUAAAUAAUAUUUUCACUUUAAAAAUCUUCUUUCUCGAAUUAUAUUAAACAUAAUCAUGGUGUAAAGUAACAAUAAGUAUAAUAAAAAUGGAAGUUACAAGCGGUGCAGAGGAAGGUUUCGUCCGAGAGUGGACGCCUUGUUCGCAUAUUUUGAACUUGAUUCCUCCUAAGAUCCAAACAGGCUUGUUUUCUAGUGAACUGUGCUUAACUUGCGUUGAUGCUGUUAGCGACUACAUCGCGCUCGGGACUAAUGUGGGUCUCGUUUACUGGUAUGAUCGAAAAAAGGGAAACAUACAGCGCCUGCGUUGCGAGGCUUCAAGUACGCCCAUCACCUAUGUCAAGAUUGUGAACACUGUGGACUACAUGGUAGGAGCGGGGAAUGCGGCAGGCCAGGUCACGGUGUUCCAGAUACCUAAAGAACAUCCAGAGAACAUUCCAGACACAUUUAAACCCAAAGUUGAACCAAAGGUUGAAAGAUACACAAUAGGUGACCUGCACAAGAGCAAGAUAACCGCAAUAGAGUGGUCCAAGAAUGGAAUGAGAUUGUUCUCGGGCGACAAGAAUGGCCUUAUCAUUAUGACUGAAAUUGAUUUUUACAUGCACCUGUGCAAGUCAGUGGAGGUGGUGGACGAGUCGCACGAGAUAGUCCAACUGAGCUACCACCAGGGGGCGCUGCUGGCGUCCAGCUUCUACCGCACCAUCAUCUGCCGGAGGGAGCAGGACCGCUGGAGGGUCUGUCAGCUGGGCAAGAAGGAGAGGAGAAGUCUGUGUGCUCUGGGCGCGGUGUUCCAAUACUCGUACGCGCCUGGCGGCGCGGCGGGGGGCGGGGCGAUAUACUGCGCGCGCGCCGGCCUGCGGCUCUGGCGGGCUGACACCGACGGCAAUGUGCUCCAGACGCUGCUCUUUAAGGAGGCGGUGACCAACCCGCUCACCGUGGCCGAGCUCCUCAACCCAGCGACCACCCGGCCCGACGACGCGGAGGAGCAGUUCACGGUGCUGCACGUGUUCCGAGAGCACUUCCUGGUGACGGCCAGCGCGCGCCGCCUGUACGUGCUCGACCCGCGCUCGCUUACCGCCGUCGCCGUAGUCACCGACCUGCGCAGGAUUCUCUCUGUGUCGGUGAACAAGGACGAGAUCUUCGUGCUGGAGGGCGGGCGGUCCCUCGUGCGGCUCGCGCACGCGCCCGAGCCCGCGCGCGCCGCGCUCUUCGAUGAACCGUCCCUCAUGACGAAAUCCCUCACCACGUCGCUGCAGCACGCCGUCAAUACAAUGCGGGAUUUGACCAACAUCGACCAGACCGUCCCCUACAUAACGAGCGUGCUAGAGCAGCCAAUCGCGAUGUUUACGCGCAACGAGACCAUAGACAACGUGACCAACGGCGAAGAAUGUUUUGAACUACCCCCCAUUAAACAUUUACCCGACGAUAUAUCGAAUAACGUCCUAGAAUCGAUUAUAAACGAAUUUAAAGACGUAUCGAGUGAUGCGGAGGAAAUUAGAAGAGUGAAAUCUGAGGAGUUGCAGAAGAAAUUGAAGCUGUAUAACAGUAUAAUGGAGAAGAAAUAUGAUGAAGAGGUGAUACAUAGUAGAAGGAGUAGGAGGAGGGAGGUAGGUAGUGGGGGGAGUACGCCGCGUAUGAACACGCCGGUGAGGAAGCCGGAUGUCAGUUACACCAGCCCGUGUGUAAUGGACGUCAGUGUGUAUGGGAAUUUGGACGAACAAAACGACGAUCUCUUGGAGAAGGAAAUUGAAGAAAAAGAAAGGAUACUCGCAAAGAUGUUGAACCUCGAGUCACUCAGUAUAAAGAGCGUGGUCACUAAUAAUAAACUAAAUGUGACUGUCCCGGACAGUCCUUACAAAACUACCAAACGAAAUCCCAUAAACAAUCGUGCACCUACCAAAUCAGAAAACUCCAGACCAGAGGAACCCAAAAGACCUGCCAUAGACACAAACAUAACGAAAAUAAAGACAAAGGAAAUUAAAAACGAAAAACCACAACAAGAUUUGGUACCCAAAGUAGUACAACUACCUAACACAUGGAAUUUAGACUCUAUAGAACUAAAACUCGACGUCAAAAGUGGCGUCAAAGACCCCCUAAACCUUCUGUCCCCUGACGAAAAUUUAGGCAGCGAAUGGGAGGUUAUAUGAUGUAAGAAUAAAAUAAAAGACUUGAUGUGUCAGAUAGAAAAGAGGUUUGACAUAAGCGGUGACUAGUUUCGACCAAUCACAGUGUUGUUUCGACCAAUCAGUGACGUUUGAUGUGUGACAGUUAUAGUUUGACCAAUAGCAAAGGAGUGUUAUGAUUGGUUAAUGCUUGGCUUAUGAGGGCGUUUCGCCGUUGAUUGUUACAAUGUGCGCUUUUUUGGUAAUGCCAUAAUAUUAUGAUGAGCAAGAACACUAGAUUCAGUGACGUAAAUAAUUGUCCUGAGCAAGUACAUAAUUGCAUUUGCUGUAAAUUGUUAAUAAUAAUUAUGAAGUGGUUAAGAAAUCUCUUAUAAUAGAUGUUACAAAAAUUAUAUUAAAAUUGAAUAAAAGAAUCUCGAUCAAAAAAAUUACAAGAAUCAAGUUCCAUACAGUAAAAGCGAAGCAGCAUUCUCCGUUCCGUUGCGUCAUCGCAGCGUCGACGCUCCGACGUUUUUCUCACGAUGCGUCGAAUGUUGAGAAGAAGUGGGUGGGAGGGAGAGAGCGCUGCGCUGUCC